GAUUCUCGUCUGUUCCAAAAAGUUAUUUUAUAUUUGCUAGGUUGAUGAUUUUGAUUGCAGACCAGGAUUUUGUUCUGGACAUAUUUUCAAUAGGUGCUAAUUUGGAUAUUUUUCACCUUUGUGAAUCAGAUGGCAUCAACAUCUACAGUAUAUGCUGAUUAUAUGAUCAACUGUUAAAUAUUUGAUGUUAAUAUCUGUUAUCCAUGGGUAAUGUAUCUCAUUUUAAAACAAUUAUAUUGGCUGGUUACAUUGAUAUUGGGAAUAUUAAGUAUUUAUGUUUCAUUGUUUUGAUCCUGCUGUUUGUUGCAAUCAUAGUAGCAAACCUAUUAAUUAUUGGAAUUAUAUGUAAGGAGAAGUCCCUGCAUGAACCUAUGUAUGGUUUUUUAUGCAGUUUGUCUGUAAAUGAACUGUAUGGCUGCAUUGCUUUAUUCCCAUCCCUUCUAAGUAAUAUGCUACUGGCAAAGAUCCCAGAAGUUUCACUCACCCUUUGUCAUGCUCAGAUAUUUGCUUUGUACACUUAUGGAUCAAUAGAAUUCUGUAAUUUAGCAAUCAUGUCUUAUGACAGGUAUGUAGCCAUCUGUUACCCGUUAGAAUAUCACAGAAUCAUGUCUCCUGCCAGGACAGUUACAUUGAUUAUUCUGGGGUGGUCAAUAUCAAUUAUCAAAUUCUCCAUUACUUUUUCAGUGAAUGUACAGCUAAAGUUGUGUGGAAAUGUAUUGGACAAAGUAGGGUGUGACAACUACAUGCUUGUGAAACUGGCAUGCUCAGACACCACAGCAAACAACAUCUUUGGCAUAAUUGGUACCACCGUUACAGUUGUUGCUCCUCUGGCAUUAAUUUUGUUCUCAUAUGCAAAAAUUUUAAGAGUCUGUCUAAAGUCCACAAGAGAAAAGUCCCAAAAAGCUCUAAGUACAUGUACUCCCCACAUUGUCUCACUAAUGAAUUUCUCUGUUGGCUGUUCAUUUGAAUUGAUCCAAAGCAGAUUUGAUAAGGUGCCUAUGCCUCCUGUACUACGUGUGAUUCUUUCAAUUUAUUUUCUGAUGUGUCCGCCACUCAUCAAUCCUAUCAUGUAUGGUAUGAGACUUUCUAAAAUAAAAAGGGCACUUAAAAAUUUAAUUUACGCCAGGAGCUAUAUAAAACCUGUAUCAUAAUAGUGUGUAAAACUAUUGUUCAUUGUCACCUUUCAGGUACUAUAGAAAAAUAAGUCAUGUGCUAAGUCAUUGUCUACAAAAAACUGUUGUUUGUAUUUGUCCAAAAUAAGAAUAUCUUAUAAGAUUAAGAAUCUGUGAUAAUUAUUUUGAUUGAUGUUUACAUAAUGUGAAAAUAUUAUGUUUAAUAUCUGUUAAAAUGAAACUGAAACUAAAAUUAACUGCCUUAAAUGUUUUCUUUUUCAUUAGAAUAAUAUUGCUUUUGAAAUUAUUCUUAUCUUCUCUGAAAUUAAUAAAAAAAUUAAAAGAAAUGCUGAAAAAUCAAAAUCAACAUUUCUCAUCUCAUUUUUAAAAAAAAUGGAAUAUUGUAGCAUUUCCAAAGAGUAUAGAACCCAAGAGGCCAGGGCUGUGCACAGAUAUUUUGAGGGGCAGUGGUCCAAACCAAAAAAGGGGCACUAAAAGGAUGGUGGGGGUGGUGGUGGGGAAGACUCCACCUUCACUUUGACUCUUUUGAGGGGACUCUUAGGCAAUAUCAUCUUAAAAUAGAGAAUGAAUAACAAAAUAUUUACAAUCACAUAUUGUAACUAUUAUUAAGAUUAGUGCUAAUUUAAUUUACGUUGUUGUUUAAUUGAAUUUAAGUUGUUGUAACUAUUCUUACAUUCACAUAAUUUAUUGUCUGUCUUUAGAAUACUUCUAACUGUUUCUCUCAGCCACCGUGAUUGUCUGAUUUGGCUGAUGUUCAGUGGGCUCUCCCUCACUCUCUGAGCCUGCUUCAUCUUGAAGUGAAGUAUAAUUCAUUUAAUUAAAAAAAAUAUAAAGCAUAAAUCCAUACAAUGUGUUCCAAAUUAUUAUCCAAAUGACAUAUCAGUAGGAUUUCAGUAAAAUAAAAAUAAUUUUUCAUAUCUUUUUAGAUAACUGUAUCAGUCUCAGACAGCUUUGUUCAAUAGUUUGCCAGGUCUUCUUUGGUAAAUGUAAAACCUACUUAAAUAAGUUGUUCAUUAUUAAGCAAGUCACAGUUCUUGUGCAAUAUGGAGAGGAACAAAGAUCUUUCUGAAGAUGAAAAGCAUGAAACAAUGCUUUGAAAAGUAAGGAAAACAACUUAUAUUCUGCAAAAACUGA